AUGGAGACGUUAAGGCCACCGGAGGGACUGAAACUCGUCGGAAAUGUGGACAGCAAUUGGCGGUCUUUCAAGCAACAAUUCGAGCUGUACUUGUCUGCCACGGGCAUGGACAACAAGCCAGGGCCAAGAAAGAUUGCAAUUCUGCUCACGGUCGCGGGUCCCCAAGCCAUGGAAGUCUUCAAUACGUUCGAGUUUGAGAGGGCUGAUGACAAAGAAGACUACGGUAAAGUGAUUGAGAAAUUUGAAGCAUACUGUUCCCCUAAAAAGAACAUUGUGUACGAGAGAUGUGCAAAAUGCAAUGGAAAAAAUCAUUUCGCCAAACAGUGCCUGACUAAAGACAGAUCAAAGCCAGUGAGGGUAGUUGAGGAAACAGACCUGGGUGAGACGUUCUUCAUAGACAUGGUGUCAUGUGAAAAUAUAAAGAAAGUGCAAGCCACAGAGGCACAUAAAAGGCACACAGAGGAUGAAAACUGGAUUGUUUCACUGCCAAUAAAUGGAGCUUUGGUAGCACUGAGAAUUGACACAGGCGCACAAGCCAAUCUGAUCAGUAUGACAGAAAUCAGGGCUAUGAAAGAAAAGCCGAAAAUAUUCAAGAAAUCAGUGCAGCUGAAAGAUUACAACGGAAAAGAAAUAGAAAGCAAAGGUCAGUGCAGACUGAGAGUGACUGUGAAAAACAAACAAUACAGUGUGCUGUUCUCGAUAGUACCUGAGGGUCGUGAGUCACUGUUAGGAGGACUCACCUCAAAGAAUCUGAAUCUGGUGAGAAGAGUCUACCAAAUCAGCUGUUCAGACGCUGUGAGGGCACACAACAGCACAGUUGACUCCAUAGUGCAACGUUUUCCUGAUGUUUUCAAAGGACUGGGCUGCCUUCCCUACACAUACACAAUUCAAUUGAAAGAGGAUGCAGAACCAGUGAUCCACGCUCCAAGGAGAAUCCCAGCUCCACUUAGGGAGCGUCUCAAGAAAGAAUUGGACAGAAUGUGUGAGAUGAAUGUGAUCACAAAGGUUGAGGAGCCUACAGAGUGGGUUAACUCUAUGGUGUGUGUAGACAAAAAGAACAAAAACAAAGAACUGAGAAUUUGCAUGGACCCAGGAGAUUUAAACAGGAACAUAAAACGUGAGCACUAUCAGAUACCGAAACGUGAGGAAAUUGCAAGUGAAAUGGCAGGUGCUAAGUAUUUUUCCAAGUUAGAUGCAGCACAAGGAUUCUGGCAAAUCAAGCUAGAUGACAAAAGCUCACGAUACUGCACAUUCAAUACGCCUUACGGUCGAUACAGAUUCCUACGCAUGCCUUUUGGCAUAAUCUCAGCAUCAGAGAUCUAUCAUCGUGCGAUGGACAACAUGCUUGAGGGCCUAGAAGGGGUACGUUGCUACAUAGACGAUGUGGUGAUAUGGGGGUCCACCCUACAAGAGCACAAUGAGAGACUGGCGAAAGUCCUCCACAGGAUAUCUGAUAAUGGACUGAAAUUGAAUCGUGCAAAAUGUCAGUUUGGCGUGCAAGAAGUGACAUUCCUCGGAGACAAGUUGUCUUCUGAAGGAAUUGAGCCUGAUGAGAGGAAAAUACAAGCGAUCCUUAGCAUGCCACGCCCCACAGACAAAAAAGGGGUACUCCGAAUAAUGGGGAUGAUCAACUUUAUCGGCAAGUUUAUACCAAACCUAUCUGUGAAAACUUCAGCACUGAGGGAACUACUCCAUGACUCCACAGAGUUCAAGUGGACAACAAGAAAUGAGCGAGAGUGGAAUGCUCUCAAGGCUACUCUGACAAAGUCCCCUGUGCUAGCGUAUUAUGAUCCAGAAAAGAGACAGAAGAUUUCAACAGAUGCGUCGAAAGAUGGCCUGGGAGCUGUCCUCCUGCAGGCAGAAGGAGAUAGCUGGCAGCCAGUUGCCUACGCUUCGCGGUCAAUGACCAAAACUGAAACUAAAUAUGCUCAAAUAGAGAAAGAAUGUUUGGGAUUGGCCUAUGGGCUAGAAAAGUUUCACUGUUAUGUCUAUGGGCUUCCCUCUUUCACUGUCGAAACAGAUCAUCGCCCUCUGGUGUCGAUCAUCAAAAAGAAUCUCAACGAGAUGUCACCAAGGAUCCAGCGACUCAUCAUGAAGCUGCAGAGGUAUGAUUUUGAGUUAAUAUACACUCCAGGCAAACACUUAGUGAUAGCAGACACGCUGUCACGAGCGCCAGUGAUGAGCGAGGCGAGCUCCACUGAGAAAGACAUUGAAAAUCACGUCAACAUGAUUGUUCAGUCACUGCCAGUAUCUGAUGUCAAAACAAAACAAGUACGUGAUGAAUUGGACAGAGAUACAGAAUUACAAACAGUAAUGAAAAACAUGCUUACCGGAUGGCCCAGGGGCUCCUGUCCAAAAUACUUCAACAUCAGAGCAGAACUAAGUGUGGCAAACGGACUGUUACUGAGAGACAAUAGACUUGUCAUCCCACAGAGUCUUAGGCCAGAGAUACUUAGACAGAUACACGAGGGACACCUCGGAAUUGAAAAAUGCAAAAGGAGAGCCAGAUGCUCAGUGUAUUGGCCUGGCAUUAAUCAAGACAUUGAAAACAUGGCAGGAAAGUACAUCAAGCCCAACACAGGGAUACAGAAAAAGUUGGAGAACAUGAAAUGGAAACAAAAACAACGCUUCGACAAAUCGACGAAACCCCUCAGUCCACUCGCCAAGGAUGACGUGGUACGAAUCCAGGAUCAAGAUGCAUGGAACAGGAAAGCAACUGUACUCCAGGAGGUCGGACCUAGAUCCUACGAAGUGAAGACUGAGGAAGGACAUGUGCUCAGAAGGAACCGCCGCAGCCUUCUGAAAACAAAAGAGACUUUUACAGAGACUGAAAUUGAUGCUGAUGCAGUCAGUGCAAGCGCAGCAUCAAAUGAUGACACUGAUGGACAUUCACAGGAGGACACAAGCAAUGUUCAGUCGGAAUUACCUGUCCUGAGAAGAUCUGGUCGCCAGACUAAAAGACCUGAUAGACUGGAUUUGUAA